CAACGAGGUUUGGUGGUGCCGGAUACUGCCAGAGACAGAUGGUGUGUGGGAUACCCGGCAGGUAUUCGCAUUCUUAUUGUGUUCGUGUCUCAGCUCACCAGGUUCUUUCUUAAAAAAAAGAAAAAGAAAAAAUGGAGGGGAAGUGGGGUGUCUUCAGAAAGAGUAGUUUCUCCACUUCCCAGUUACAAGUCUGAGACUUUUUACCAGCAAGGCGCAUUUCCCUUGCACUUUAUUAACCCGAUCAAACUUGUCACCCUGCUCCCAGACGUCUCGCCCUUUUAUUUGAAUAUAGUUAACUGUCCUUUGGCAUAAUUCCAGCUUCCGAGUCAUCUCUCCCCUCUUUAGUGGGUCCUAUCCAGCCUCUAGCUUCGUGCUCCAACGGAGACCAGAUCUUUACUGCUGCAGCCGGAGGAAUGGAGCUUGAGAGCGCGAAGGAAACACCGCGGGAAGGCUCUUCCUUGCCUGGCGAGUGGUCUCCCUCUGCCCUCGAACAGAAUUUCUCCAAGAUUUUGCACCGCCUUACCGGCCAGGAGGCACGACAAAGCAACUCAAGAGAUGUCGCUCUUAAAGACCUCUGUGCUCUAAUAGAAGCCACAGAGUGUAACAGAUUAUUUGAGGAGAGUGGCGAACCGCACCGUGGAAUACCUGAAAUACUCGGGCAGGUGGCAAAAGCUCUGGGAAAGUACGCAGCCCCAUACAAAGAAGAGGAAGGUGGAAGUGAUAGUCACUCUGAAGUAGAUGAGAAAGCAGCAGAAGUUGGGUUACUCUUUCUUAUACUGUUGGGGAAAGUCGAGACUGCCAAGAAUUCUCUUGACUGCCCUGCAUGGGAGACAGGCCUACGUCACUUGGCAGGACCCAUCUAUAUUUUUGCUAUCACACACUGCUUGGAGAAACCAUGGACCAGCCCAAAAUCUCAGGAGGUUGCUGGAGAGGUGCUCUCCUUACUACUUCGAGUUACUGGAUGCAGUUCUGAGGCAGGAUUCUUAUGCGGAGAAAAUGAAGAUGAGAAAGGGAAAUUUAUUGUGGUAAUGGGGCUACUCAAACCCGAUUUGAAUAAGGAAACCUGGAAAAAUAACCCUGCUGCCAAACAUGUUUUCUCAUGGAUUCUGCAACAGGUCACUCGACCCUGGCUAUACCAACACCUAGAAAGGAUACUUCCCCCAUCAUUGCUCAUCUCAGAUGAUUAUCAAACUGAGAACAAAAUCCUGGGUGUACGCUGCCUUCAUCACAUUGUGCUUAAUGUGCCAGCUGCUGAUUUGCUCCAGUUUAACAGAGCCCAGGUCAUAUACCAUGCCAUUUUCAACCACCUGUACAUGCCAGAACACAACCUCAUUCAGGCUGUGCUCCUGUGUCUCCUGGAUUUAUUCCCCAUCCUGGAGAAAACCAUGCACUGGAAGGGAGAUGGAGCUCGCACCACCACACACUGUGAUGAGGUACUGCGGCUGAUCCUAACCCAUAUGGAACCUGAGCAUCGCCUUCUCUUACGUAGGACUUAUGCAAGAAACCUACCAGCUUUUGUGAAGAGGUUGGGGAUCCUAACUGUCCGGCACUUGAAGAGGCUGGAGCAGGUCAUCAUUAGUUAUCUGGAGGUUUAUGACGGACCAGAAGAGGAGGCUAGAUUGAAGAUAUUAGAAACCCUAAAACUUCUCAUGCAGUAUACUUGGCCAAGACUUGUGGUCUUACUGAAGGCUAUCUUGAAACUUAUAUGUGAUGUAGCAAGGGACCCAACACUUACACCUGAGCCUGUUAAGAACACCUUGCUACAGGAGGCCACAGACUGCCUGAUUCUCUUAGAUCACUGUUCUCAAGGACAAGUAAAGGGUCUCUUGGCCAAAAUUCUCCUAAGCUGUGAAGACAGAACGGUGGUGAGCUGUAUCAGAAAAGUGCAACAGGUUCCUGAAGGCAAUCCCUACCAUGGAACUUAAGAGUGCUCAUUAAAAGGAAAGAAUUUUCUUUCCAUUCCAGAUUGUAUGAAUGGAGUUGUGGGAAAAGGUAUUAUUACACUAAACAUUGAAAAAUAGGAACUUUUUUCUUUCUUUUACCCCAUAGGAAUAGGGAAAGGAGAAAAAGAAGACAUUGAAGACCUGACAUUCUAUAUAAAGUUUGGGAGAAAGAAAAAAGGACACUAAGGAAUUUAGUGCUAAAAUUUAUAAAUAUUUACACCCACAAUUUCAUUCCACCUUCAGGGACUCAUCUGUUAAGCUUCUUGGGCUCAAGCUGUGAUUGCCAACACAUAUGGUAUAAAAAUACUCUUCACAACUUACAGAUUUCUUCCACUUACUCCAGAUUUCUUGCCCCACUGAAGUGGCAUAAAUAUUAAGAACAUAAGUAUUGUGUGAAAUAGUACAUAAAAGAGCAAAAACUGGAGGUUUAUGUAUGUUUAAGAUUAAAAAAAAGUUCAAAAUGUUCAGUCCUGGUUAAAAAUGAAGGAAAAUCAUGUGGUUUUGGUCUUGGCCAUGGGCUCUGUCUCUUGUUCAUACUCUAUCUCUACAUAGGCUCGUUUCCUCCUGAAAGGUCCUUUCAAAGGUGUUUUGCCUUUGUGCUUUGCAUUAAUAGUCUUGUCUUCUUCCUCUUCACUGGAGGAUUUAUCUUCCUGGUCUUCAUCACCACUGACUUCCAGCUUAUCCAUAUCCUAAUAUGGAGAGAAAAGAUCAAAGGAAAAAUGCUAGUUUAGAACAAAUAGAGUGUUUAUUUGCUUUUGUUUAUGUUCAGAAACUAUUCUUUUGCCACAGGCCAAAAGACAAUCUUUUACCCCCAGAGCUCACCUCAAAAUCACUUAGAUCACUCUCAUCCACUUCCUCAUCUUCCACAAAUUCUCUUUUGCCCACAUCCUAAAAUAAAACAUAAUGUUUGGGUCCAGAAUACAUAACAAAGAUCCAGUUUAGACAUAUAGUAAAAACUCUUUGCUAAAUAAGAACAUGAUUCUUUGGUAUAAGCCAAUCAAAAUUUAGUUAUUCCCAUGUUUAGUGCUCCUAAAUUUUAGAGACAUCAGAUAAUUCCCACGCCUGAUUUAAAUUUUUAGAUUUAUAUAUUUAAAUUUUUAAAUUUAUAUAUUUUAUAUAUUGUUGUAUUAUUUAACAUAUUAUAUAUAUUAAAUUUAUAUAUUUAAAAUAGAUUUAUAUAUAUUUAAAUUAUUAGAGGCGAAAUAUCUUCAUUAAGUAAAACUAAAAUUGUUAAUUUAUAAAGAGUUUGUUGGCUGAGGUGGAGGACAAAGCAAAUCUUGUGACAGAGAAAAGGUAACUAGAUCAUUUUUGGUUAAGGGGCUUAAGAUAAUAUUCUCUCUCUUAAUUACAAAAAAUAGGGACCAAGGGUAUAGCUAGUUGUAGAGUGCUUGCCUAGCAUGUAUAAGGCCCUGAAUUUGUUCCCCACCACCACAAAAAUAAAUAAAUAAAAGAUGUAAGAAUUACAUAAAAAUGUAUCUGUUUCUAAAUGUUAGUGCUUGUCAAAACAAAAACAAGCCAUUGCAGUGGUAUAUGUAUGUAAUCCCAGAAACUUGGGAGGCCAAGGCAGAAGGAUUUUGAGUUCAAGGUCAGCUUCAGCAGCUUAGCUAGGUACUACCUCAAAAAAUAAAAGCUAGGGAAUGUAGCUUGGUGGUAAAGCAGCCCUGGGUUCAAUUCCAGUACCAACAACAAAAACAAACAAGACUUACUUCUUCUUCAUCUUCUUCGUCAUCUUUUUCCUCAGUAUCUGAAGAGUCACUUUCUGUCUCCUGUUGUUCCAGAGCCUUGUCGAACGCAUGAAUGGGGAAGUUGUAGAUGUCGCCAUACUGAAGAACAAACAAAUUGCCUUUAACUACAUUUGGGUAUUUCACUUGAAAUUCUACUGUCCUACAAACAUAUCUCUUCCUCAGGGAUUAAAUGAGAAUACUUAAUUUGA